CGUGUCCAAGCUCUUCUUCUUAUAUAAGGCAUCUCUCUUCUUUGCUUGAGAAGUUUCAAACAUCUUUCUAGUUGUUUCUUGCUAUAAACAAGUAAUAACAACAAUAAAGGGGAAAAUAGGUUAAUUAUGAUGAAAUCUGGGGCUGAUUUGCAAUUUCCACCUGGAUUUAGAUUUCAUCCGACGGAUGAAGAGCUCGUCCUCAUGUAUCUCUGUCGUAAAUGCGCGUCACAGCCGAUCCCUGCUCCUAUCAUCACCGAACUCGAUUUGUACAGAUAUGAUCCUUGGGACCUUCCGGACAUGGCUUUGUACGGUGAAAAGGAAUGGUAUUUUUUCUCACCAAGAGAUAGAAAAUACCCAAACGGUUCAAGACCGAACCGGGCAGCUGGUACUGGGUAUUGGAAAGCCACAGGUGCUGAUAAACCGAUAGGUCGUCCCAAACCGGUUGGUAUUAAGAAGGCUCUAGUGUUUUACUCUGGAAAACCUCCAAAUGGAGAGAAAACCAAUUGGAUUAUGCACGAAUACCGGCUCGCUGACGUGGACCGGUCGGUUCGCAAGAAAAACAGUCUAAGGUUGGACGAUUGGGUACUGUGUCGUAUAUAUAACAAGAAAGGUGUCAUCGAGAAGCAACGGAGCGAGAACGAGUUAAGGGCUGUGAAUGACACGUGUCCACCGGAAUCUGUGGAGAGAUUGAUCGCCGGCUCGGAGCAAGUGGUGUCACAGGAAUUCACGUGUAGCAACGGUCGGUUGAGUAAUGCCCUGGAUUUUCCGUUUAAUUACGUAGAUGCCAUCGCCGAUAAUGAGAUUGUCUCACGGCUAUUGAGCGGGAACCAGAUGUGGUCGACGUUGGAUCCACUUGUGGUUAGGCAGAGAACUUUCUGAGUGUCACGUGCGAUGCGAGUUAGUGGAAACUAUCACUGUCCUGUCUGUCAUCGCACGUGCCGGUUUGAAACCUGCCUAGCUGAUCCAGAAGGGAAGUGGCCAGGUUGGGCUUUUCAGCAACAAUUGGGCCUUGGCUUUCUUCUCCUUUAUCAAGACGGGCUACUGUGUGUGUGUAUCCACAAAGCAAUAUCAUCAACUGUUCUGAAAUAAGAAAAUUUAGAAAUUCAUUUUAAAUCUGUUAUAUAUUCUUUGAAUGAUCUUUUCGACUCUAAA